GAAGCCAACGAAGCAGAGAUACAGUGAACGGAAGAGAGUAAAAAUGGUGUCCGAUUUGGAGCUCGUCGAAAGACUUCAUGAAUUUCUCCGCACUUCCGACCUCAACACCACAACCACCGCUAUCGUGCGCCGGCAGCUCGAAGAAGAUUUUGAAAUCGAUUUAUCAGACAAGAAGGCAUUCAUAAGAGAGCAAGUAGACCUCUUUCUGCAGAGCCAGCUGGAUAAAGCCGAGGAAGAAGAGGAGGGAAAUGCAGGAACAGAUAACGAAGGCAAGCGGAAGAUAAAAUCAGAAGCGAACAGUGGUUCCGAUUCUGAAGACGAAGAAGGAGAAGAAGGAGAAGAAGACGAAGAAGAAGAAACGAGUAUUGGAAGGGGCAGAGGGAAAGGAGCCAGGUCAAGCAAACCUACCAAAGAUGUCAAAAAAAGAGGAGGAUUUACCAAAUUAUGUACUAUGUCUCCUCAACUUCAAAAAUUCGUUGGAGUACCGGAAUUGGCCAGAACUGAGGUUGUCAAGCAAAUCUGGGCCUACAUUCGUGAGAACAAUUUGCAAGAUCCAAAGAAUAGGCAGAACAUAAUCUGUGAUGAAACACUGCAUGAACUUUUUCGGGUAGAUAAAAUAAACAUGUUUCAAAUGAAUAAGGCUCUGUCAAAGCAUAUCUGGCCGCUAGAUUCAGAAGAUGCGCAAGCCAGGUCUACACCAAAGGAAAAGCAACGAAAGCAAGAGAGAAAACAAGGUCCAAAUGAUGCCAAACCCAAAGAAAAACGGCAAAAGGGAGGGAAUUCUGGUUUUCUUGCUCCCCUUCAACUUUCUGAUUCCUUGGUGAAGUUCAUUGGUACCGGUGAGAGUGCAUUGUCACGGGCUGAUGUUGUAAAGAGAAUGUGGGAGUACAUAAAACAAAACAAUCUUCAGGAUCCAUCUGAUAAGAGGAGGAUAAUAUGUGAUGAGAAGCUUAAAGAACUCUUUGAGGUCGACUCUUUCCAUGGCUUUACAGUUUCAAAGCUACUCACCAUUCAUUUCAUCAAGACAGAACAGUGAGUUACUCCAACUUAUUUUUUAUGUUAACCCCAAGGAAAUGGGCAAUUUUGCUGAUGAAUGUAAUUUCUGAUUUGAACAUUGCUCCACUAAUCUGAAUUAUGUAUCUUUCAUCAAAGUGGCAAAAAAGCAAUAGCAAAAUUGGAAAAGAAAUCGGUUUUUCCUUUGUCAAUCCAAAUGGCAUUGU